GGGGAAAGGUGAUGGAGUGGGAAAGGUGAUGGAGGAGAAAGGUGAUGGAGUGGGGAAGGUGAUGGUGGGGAAAGGUGAUGGAGUGGGGAAGGUGAUGGUGGAGAAAGGUGAUGGAGUGGGGAAGGUGAUGGUGGGGAAAGGUGAUGGAGGGGAAAGGUGAUGGAGUGGGGAAGGUGAUGGUGGGGAAAGGUGACGGAGUGGGAAAGGCGGUGAGGCAGGCCCAGCAGGUGGCCAACUUCACCCUGAAGGUGGAGGUGGAGUGCAGCAGCCUGCAGGACGCCCUGGAGGCGGCAGAGGCAGGAGCAGACCUCGUGAUGCUGGACAACUUCAGGCCGGAGGAGCUGCACCCCACGGCCGAAGCGCUGAAGGCCCGGUUCCCACGUGUGGGCGUGGAGGCCAGCGGGGGCAUCACGCUGGGCAACCUGCCUCAGUUCUGCGGGCCGCACGUCGAUGUCAUCUCCUUGGGGAUGCUGACCCAGGCGGCCCCAGCCCUGGAUUUCUCCCUGAAGCUGUUUGCCGAGGGGACCACUCCAGCGCCCCGUGCCCGCCGCUCCUAACGCCGGAGAGGAUGACACUGGCCACGGACAACAUGGUUUCUUGGGACUUUACCUCUGCUCGCCUCGGUUUCCUAAUCUGUAAAAUGGGUCUAAUAAAGGACCAACCUUA